CGCGCCCCCGCCCCGCCCCGCGCCGCUCCCGGGGGCCGCCGCCGCCCCGCGCUCCGUGUGCUGCGCCGCGGGCAUGACCGCCGCGGGGAGCUGCCGGCGCCGCGGAGCCAGAAAAUGAAGCCCAUAGCCCAAAGAAGACGAUCUACCCCUUCUGCCAUUACUAAAGCUCUCAGCAAAUCAAAAUACCAUCCCAGGGAAACUACCCUCUCCUCUUCCCAUUCGGACAAUGGGCUGCCGAGCGGGAUGUGCAGCAGCCCGGGCUCUACUUUCCUCCUGGAUGAGCGGGUACAGCUAACCAUGGGCCUGCAGACCCAGGAGAGACACUUGAUCCUGUUCAGUGACGCGCUGAUCAUCGCCAAGUCCAAAUCCUCCUCCAGCUUGAAGCUGAAAAAGCAGGUGCACCUGAGUGAAAUAUGGACCAGCACCUGUCUCAGCGAAGUAACAGAGAAAAAGAUGAGUCCUGAGAAUUCAUUUGUCAUCGGCUGGCCUACCACCAACUAUGUUGUCACCUUCAGCUCAGCUGACGUGAAGGAACGGUGGCUCUCCACGUUACUGUGGCACAUCAGUGAGGCAAAACGGCAUGAGUACCUGCAGACUCUCGCCCUUCAGAUCUUUGUGCAGGAUGCCGAUAACUCUUCUUCUACUGCCACAGUCAAUGUGUCCAAUGUGGAAACUGUAGACAGUGUGAUCAAGAAGACACUUGAACAGCUUGGACUACCCGGUAGAACAAAUGACCACCACCUCUGGGUGACCUCAGGAAAAGAUGACCCCGCUUACCCUCUCAUCGGGCACGAGACUCCUUUCAGCAUCGCACUGAACUGCCUCCGAAGCUCUGUCGACCAGCAGCAAGGAACCAACAACAACACCCUCCCGGCUGACGGGACAGAAGCUGCCCUCCUUGAUCAGCUCCCGAAGGAAAAACAGUGCCAGUUUGUCCUGAAGCCCAGGCUCCAAGCUUCAGUGCAGCUGAGGAGAGAAUCGUUGCAGAAACACACCAAGAGGAAGAAGUCCUUGAUCGACUGGGCCCUGCGCCGCAGUACCAGUACGCCCACUGGCAGUCCUCCUUCCCAGUCGCCCACCACCCCACGGAAGCUCUUUGGCCUGUCCCUGUCCUCUGUCUGUCCGGAUGGGAUCCUUCCCAAGCCGAUCAUGGAUAUGCUGCUUCUGCUGUACCAUGAAGGUCCCUCCACCAGGGGCAUUUUCAGACGCUCUGCCAAUGCCAAGACUUGCAAGGAACUGAAAGAGAAACUGAACUCUGGAGAUGAUGUCCAGGUGGAUGGAGAGUCAGUCUUCGUGGCUGCAGCAGUCAUCACGGAUUUUCUCCGAAAUAUACCUGACAGUGUUCUAUCCUCAGACAUGCACGGACUGUGGAUGGAAGCUGUGGACACAGAAAAUCGGGCACAUAAGAUUGAAGCCAUCAAAAGUCUCGUCAGUCAGCUCCCGGAGGCCAACCUCCUCUUGCUCAGACACCUCUUUGGAGUCCUGCAUCACAUUGAGCAGAAUUCAGGCGUGAAUCAGAUGAAUGCCUUUAACCUGGCGCUCUGCAUAGCGCCCAAUAUGCUGUGGCUACCUGGUCCCACGGGGCCUGAAGAGGAGAGCAGGUCUACAAAGAAGGUGGCCAUGCUGGUGCAGUUCCUGAUUGAAAACUCAGCAGAGAUUUUUGGAGGUGACAUUGCUUCCUUGUUUCAAAGACCAGACAAAAAGAAGUCCAAAAACUCCGAGGACUCCCUAGGCAUAGGCUUGGCUCAGCAUGAUGAUUCCUCUGACGAGCUGGAGUUUUCUGCUUGUGACCCAGAAGGACCAAAGCACCUGGUGCCUGACACAGAUGCCGUCUUUGAACCAUCCAGCAGCUUGUUACUGGAUGAGGAGCAAGAAGACUGGGACUUGUUCAGCGAGAUCACAGCUUGCUACCAAAGCAAAGCUGGGAAGAACGCCAGCGCAGACAGCUACGACCUCCUGGAAGAAGAGGGCUCCUUCUGCUCCAUCGGCUCAAUACGCUCCCUCAGCCCAGCCAGGGAUCGGUGCUCGUCGGAGCCCAGCGUCUGCCUCAGCUCCCGGCUCCCUGCCCAGAGCCACGAGCCGGUGGCCCGUCAGUCCAGCUGCGACGCUACCAUCAUGCACAGCCGCACCGACUACAUCCACCGGCUCAAGCAGCUGCAGGUGGAGAGCCAGAAGCUGAUCGAUGAAGGCCUAAGCCCUGGGGUUAGCAGUGCCAGGCAGAACUUCUGGCGAUCGCCCCAGGCCAGCUCCACGGCGAAGAAGCUCAGCCUUCAGAAAUCCAGCCUGUCCAACAGGUCCAGCUUCUCUAGCCUGUCCUCCACCACCACCUCCCCCUCUGCUUCCUCGCUGAGCUCCUUAGACAGUGCCUUCUCCUACUGCUCGGAGUCAUCAGCUGUCAGUCCUACAGAUGUCUCGUCCCUGCCUUUCAUGUUCGGGACGUCUGCCAGGCUCCAUGCUGUGUCCCCCAGGCUUGCCAAGAGGCCCCUGAAAGAGUGGCAGCAGUCCCCGACGUCCUCUUUGCCCUCGCAUCCCUGUGACCUGGACACUUUCCGUGCGUGUGAACCCAGGGCUGCAGAGAGCAGCCCUCGCGCUGGGGAGGAGAGGAGUUCUGCAUCCACCGGCAGAGCAGCCACGGGAAGCCUGCUGACCGACAUCGACUGGGGGGAAGAGGAGAGACAGCUGAGGGGUGUACGGGGCCCUGGCGCCGGGCUCAGGAGCCUGGGUUAUCCCAAGGAGUUUGAACAAAAUCCUGAGCACCCGGUUCCCAGCCCAGCUGGUGAGAAAUCCCCGCAGAUCAGCCACCAGCAGCACAGGGAGAAGGCGGUGAAGCACAUCGAGAUCAAAAGUCUGGAUGCCUCCCCUCCAAACCAGGAAAGCCUGAAGCGCACCAAGAUAACUUUCUACGUGGCCCCAAAUAAAGAAAGCUCUUGGGGGUCUCCGGUGGAAGAGGAGGAGGAGAGAUUCCCGGCGAACGCCAGCAGCAGCGACUUGGCCAGCAGCAGCCGUGAGCAAAGGCUGUCCAGGAGCUUGCAGACUGUAAGAGUCCACAUCCCCCAGACAGUUUUCUACGGGCAGAACACGCCCCUGGUCCUGCAGUCCCGCUCCAGGCACCACCAGCACGGACCGACCACCCCGCCCGUGCCGGCGGAGCGCACAGCCAGCCCCCGGAGUGCCUCCGCUGCCGGGCAGCGGGAGCCCAGGCCGCUGGAAACGGCGCAGGCGCCGACCCAGAGCAAGGGCUUCGGCACGUUCAGCCACACCAUCCGCAUCAUCCUGCCCGCUUCCAUUCGGAACACGGUCAGGGAAUACUUCAGGCACGAGGAGACCAAGAACUGCCGCGCGGCAGAGGCGGCCGCGGUGGAGAACGAACUGCUCCGGAGCAGGGCGGAGUGGCUCAGGAGCCAGCCGCCCGCAGAGGCGGCCGCGGAGGAGCGCGAUACGGUGGCGUUUGCGGAGGAGACAUUUGUCUAGGCAGGCAGCUGCGGGAGAACUGAGGGCUUUCUGUGUAUGUGCAGCAGAAAAUAUUCUGUAAGAUAUGACCAAGGUGUGAAGAGUCUAACAGGCUGCAUGGGGCAGUAAGUGUAAAGUGACACUAAUGUGUAAGUAAUGUUGGGGUUUAACAUUUGUUUGGGUGGGGUUUUUUGUUAUUUUUUUUCUUUACACCCUUUUUCUACUGAAGACACUUAAUUGACUGGGUAUUGAGUGGGCGGAAUGCCACCAAGCUCUGUCCCUGAAUUAGCUGACCUACGGAGUCUUACUCCAUUUCUUUUUAAAGGGGGAAAGGAGAAACUCCGCUUUGUUUUCUCCAGUCAUUAGUGUGUGUGGAUGACUGGAGAACUGGGGCAGCUAAAACUCCAUCAGAAUUAGUUAGUGAUCAUCUUUAAGCUUGCACAAAAUUCUCCACUGUUCACUGUUCGUCACCACCAUUCAUCCAAAGGAAGGCCCUUCACCUCCAGCCCAGAAACCACUGCUGCUUCUCUCUUCUCACGUUCCUUUUGUCCCUUGGUGGUCUAGCUCGCUGCCCGUGUUCAUUGCUGCUUGAGGCUGUGCUCCAGAAACACCAAAUGGAGCCCAAGGCCCAGCUUCCACUGUCAGAAGCCAUUGGUAACCUUUUUACUCUGAGAUUCCUUUUUUUCCAAUUAAUUAUGCAUUAAUUCUCUUCUCUCCUGCCUCUCCCAAAACGAGCAUUUGGCAGAGCCACAGCUGCUACAAAGAACUCUAGCUCAGGCCUUUCAGCAGAGCUAUGAGCAUUUGUCUCCUGUGAUCUCCCCUGGGAGUAGCUGGUCCUUCUAGUCCUAGGAAAGAUGACAUUAUUUCUGGUGAUGGUGAAAUUUCAGAAGGCUCUUUUCAGAGACGGGGUGGAUGGAGCUCCUAAUCAAAUCCCCAGUCAGGGGGACUGGGGCGGGGGGGGGGGUUAAGUAGGAUUUGGCUUUAGCAAGAAGUCAAGGAGCUGUGGAAGUAGUUGAGAGUGUUGUCAAGUGGAUGCUGAAGCAAAGUCCCAUCUGGCCAGAAAGCUGUCAGCCCACAAAGCUGAGACCAUCCAGGCUUCAGCAGUGCUAAUGCUGCCUCAGAGCAGUGAUGCGUUCCCGCUCCGCAAAGCACAUGGCCCGUGUGCUCGGGCAGUGCUAGGUGUGGCCGCGUGCCGGGCAGGGUCGAGCCUGCAAGGCAGCUUGUGUUGCACCCAAGAGAGAUGCAGCCGGCGGCCUGCCGGAGCAUCCCUGCGAGGCACUCAAGGAAGCGCUCCCAAGAGCCUCAGCCGCGGUGGGACUUGCUUGGAGGGCGGCGGUGCUGCCAGCUGAGCUUUAACAAGAAGCUGAGGCAGCCACACUGGUUUCUUAGGUGUAAAGAAAGCAAUGGGAAAAGUCUCGGAGCUUAGGGGUGUUUCAUUUGAAAGUUACGUGAAAGUUUUCUAAGUUGGUUUCUCUCAGAGACACCCCUUUUACUCAAUUAACAGUGAAUGGGUGAAGAAGGACAAAAGAAAUAAUGAUGACUGAAAGCUGAUCCUUGUGCAGCAAGUGCCCCUGCAAGCGGCUGCGGCUGCCAUGGCCGUUCCCGGCGCUCCGAACCCCUGCCGUGGUUCAGCUCUCGUGCAGGUGGGGAAGCCACCGCCGUAAAGUGGUCUAAUAAGCACCAGUCUGGUCUUCCACGUGCCUCUGACAGUCAGUAGCUGGAAGCGGGGCCAGCACCCCAAUUCAUGCCAUCAAAUGCCCCGUCAGGGGCUGAGGGAGGGCCAGAGCAAGGCCAGAAUUCAAUUUGGUAUAUGCAGAGUUUUUAAUUCACCAGCUGUGGCACCUUCUGUCCCUCCCAACUCACCUUGGUGGCCUUUGUAUGAUGAAAGGUGUAUAUAAUUGUAAUACAAACCACCUGGCAUCAUUUCCCUCACGUAUGAACACUAAAGAGACAUUCACGGUCUUUUCUCCAAAGCUACGGUUGUAACUAUGUCAAUAAAAGAGACACAAGUUUG